ACCGCGACGAGAUCAAUUCGCGACAUUGCAAGACACGGUCUCUGCUCCUUCAUUUCCAUCGGUACAUUAUUUGUCUGCUCCGUUAUUCUGUAAACAUCAAUAAUGAAAAUAUCGAGAAUAGGAUGCACAGAAAGAUGUCAUCACCAACUCAUACAAUCAGCGAAGCUUUUAGCUAUCAGCUCGAAAAAGACUUCUUUGACUUGGACGAUAUAGACAGCCAAGUGUGCAAAUUACAAGCGUUACUGGAAAACGAAGAUCUUGCUCUCGAUACGGAAUUCUUGCUACAAAUUUUGGAGCAAUGUCUCUCCAGAUAUACAGUUGAGUCGCUUGACGAACAAGUUUUCAAAAAAGUUAUGCCGAAAGCUCAUCAUUUUCUGUCACAAAUCGUGAGAUCCAUAGAUGACAUAAUAAUGGGUGAUAAUGUGAAAAUCGAUGAUCUGAAUGGCGUUAUGCACAAACUGCGUAUCUGUGAUGGCGUGCUUACCUUCUGGAAAAAAUGUAUAGAACAUGUAUCGACACUUGGAAAAGUUCGAGCUCUCUAUGUCACAUCGUUAUGCGACAUUUUACCUGAAACGAUAAAAAUCAUUUUCGAACAUUGCAAAACCAGCCCAAAGUACGGAGUGUUAUUGAGCGGUGCGAUGCAAGAAUUGAAGAAUUUGUUCACAAAAGGGGGCGUGAUCUUUAAGCUAUUCUUUGCCACUUUGAACAGCAUAAUCGUCUUCGACACGGAUGUGCAAUCGGAAACGGAACUGUUGAUGAAAGUAAUCGACGCAUAUGGUAAUAUUGCUUUUAUUGCAAAUGGGAUGGACACUAAGACGUUUGUUGAUUUAUCCGAGGCAUUUGCUAAGCUGGCUCUUAUUUAUCAUGAUAAUAUCAAACCAAAUAGCGUCGUGAUGCAUCUCGCUCAAAUGGCGAAAGAUGUGUCUCGUCUUUUGUCCACGAUCAAGGAUCAAAAGGAUAAGAACGCGGAACGAAGUAUAUUGGUUGCUAUGCGUUUAUUAAAAAUCCUCGAGAAAUUAACAGCUGUUUACAAAAAAUGUCUCGCAAACGAAACGAUGUCAUAUCUAGUGGAACUUUCGGCGCACAUGCACGGAUAUUCAUGCUUUAGUUUAACAAAAGCGGACGAAAGAACAAUCUCAAUCAAUGCCACAUCUUUCUUAGAUAUCAUCUUUAAUCACGAGGAUUUCAAACAAAUAUAUUUUCAGUAUGGAAGGCAAAUUGUCUCACAUGAUCAACAUGUAAAUUAUCAUUUAUUGACAAUUGCUAUCAUGGAAAAACUGAACAACAUGCCAUACGAGCAUUAUUCCAAAUGGUCUCUAGGUUCGGAUUCAAUCUUGGAUAUUGCGCUAACAUACAUAGAAUAUCUCGGAGAAGAAAUCUGCGUCGGAGAAUUAAAAUUAUCAAGUACUCAUGAAAUUAGUGGAUCAUCACGAUUAAUUGGUGUUUAUGAGGCAACUCUGAUAUUUUUUUGCGAUCUUGUUAGUAAGAUUCGACCAGAAGACUUUCACACACUCGAGAAACUUCUGCUAAAGUAUUUGUUGUGUGGUCACUUUUGGAGUUCUCUACUAAGCUCGGACGUUUGGUGCUUUAUUGGCAGGCUCGGAACUUCGCAACUAUGCGCCGAUCAUAUCAAACAUCUGAUCAAAAUCUCCGGCACUUUAUCAGAAAGACGUGACAGUAUAGAAGCGAUCAUGUUAGAUUACAUGAUUAUCACUCUAUUCGAACUAUUGACUGAAGACAUGAAAUCUACUCUUCUCAAGAAUCUUGUCGAGAAUCUAGAUACAAAUAAUUACGUACCUAUCCUGUAUUUACUAGUAGCGAAAACUAAACAUUUUACGUCAGAACGAUUGCGGUAUAAAUUCGAGGACUUGCCGAAAGCUUUUUUGGAUCUGCAAGAACAUCCUUCUAUUCGCAAUUGGAAACGUCUCAUGCAAUCCAUAUCCGCGAUGAUAGCGGUGGAUUAUAGUGAUAACAAGGACAUUAUUGAAAUCUUAAUUAAAUUGUGGACUUUUGUGGAAAAUGCGAUUAUUGAAUGCGAAGGCAAACAAUUAGAUAUAGUGUCUGAUUUAUUCGUUAAUCUGCUCGAUGCCACUCGUCUUGGAAGUUUUCAGGAUAACAUGUUUUGUUCGAUUUUGAAGUCUAUCGCGACCUCAUGCGUCUAUCUGCCUUCACGGGACAAAAUCAAGAUCUGUCAUUUUGUACGACGAUACAUCGAAGAUUUCGAUCGUUGCGGAAUCCAAAGCGUAGCAUCCACCUUGAUCGGAUUGUUCGUUCAUCUACUAGAAAACGAGAACCCCUGGGUACGCCAGGAAGCCCUGGAGACUUUCGAGCAUAUAGGACAAAGAUGCUCGGAGCAAUUGAUCGCUAAAAUAGCAAAGGCUCUGGCUAAAAGACCCAACAUCAAUAGCAUCAUGCAAGCUUACUUGUCUUCGAGACCGUAUUAUACCCUGGAAGGCUUCGCAAACUUGCAGGAUUACUUUAGAUACUUGGCUAAAGCUAUCAAAAAUCGCGACGAGCACACAUGCUAUGAAUACAAUGAAUCCGAGAGAGAGGAGAAGAUACCGAGGCUAGAAAAAGAGGAAAACUCGUGUGAUGUUAUUAUGCCGAUAUCAAUACAACUGGACGAACGAGCAGAGGAAUUGUGCAAAGGAUUAGCGGAAGUGUUGGAAGGUCGAGCCGUUAUCAGCGAUGCUGUUUGCAGAAAAUUGAUAACUGUACUAGAAAAAAUUCUUCGAGUGAAAUGAAAUUUCGCGGAACUGAUACUUAUUUCACAUGAUAAAGAGAAUAAUCUACCGGUGAUAAAAAUGAGAAUUGGAAAUAGCAAUGAUAAUUGAAAAAAGGACAAACAAUAAAUAAAAUGUAAAUUAGAAAAAAAUUAUUUUGUAAAGUGAAUAUUAAAAAAACGAAACAAAAAAGAAAGUAUUAUAACAUUUAAAAAAAUUGUAUUUUAUCGAAAAUGACAGUAAUAAUUUAAAAAUCUUGAAAAAUACAUAAAAAGUAAAUAUAAAAAUUAUGGAAUAUAAAGCAAAAAAAUAUUAAAAUAUAUAUAA